CAUUUUCCUCCAAAAAGUAAUUAUACAUAAUGCAUUUCAUGACUAUAAUUAUGGCCAACUUUCUAUUCUAUUGUUCUUUAGUUUAACUGGAUUUAUUUGUUGUUUUCCCCCUUUCCUUCGGCAAUGGGUGAGCUGUAUUGUUUGGUGAAAAUUACAUGCCAUCUUUCUGAUAUGGUCACAUCCUGUUCCCAAUUAUUCUGGGGACCCUGAAGGAGUUAGAGAACAAGUGUAUAAUUUGAAAAAAGAAGAGAUAAACAGGUAAAGAGAAGGCUUAGAACUUUAUGUUCCAAAAGUUGGCAAAGCAAGCACCUUAGGAAAAUCCUUGCAUUAAUUUUUGUUGGUGUAGCAUAAAUGGUGAUGACCCACAUGCAGGUUCCAUGUUGCCCCCCACCUUCUCUCUUCUGUGAAAUCUCUCAUCAUGCUUCAUCAAUCAGCAAAUUAAAAAUGGACUAGAAAGUGCUUUCUCGGUUUUCCUGAAAGAAGAACCUUUGUGGCUUUGUCCAUUUCUGCACAGCCAAAACUCGUUUCAAAAUUGAACAAGAAAAGAAAGAAGCUUCUCUUGACAACAAGUUAUUCCAUUCCACUCUCUCUCCUUCGACAAGGACACCCCAGAUGAAUCUUCUUGUUCUCUUCCUACCUAUUUCGGUGCUUAGCAUUUCUCUUUCAUCGCCAAUUCUUCAUGCUGCAUCUUUCAUUUCUGUUUCUCAAAAUGCACAAGCUGAGUCUCCAGGUAUUCAUGAGGUCAGAGCAGUGCACCAUCAGAAUUUGAAUAAGAGAAUUCUAACUGCAUUAGUUUCUUGUUCUGGUCUUCUUGGUGGAGUCUUCCUAAUCAUACUUUAUGUCUGGUUCCGUCGACAUAAAACCUUAAAACUCUCCAGAAGUAAAAGCCAAGAAACCACUGAGGCUGCAAAAGGGGAGACUUUAAGCUCGGUUAAUGCAAAACUUAACUACUCAAGGAUGGCUGAUAAGAAGAGUUCAGUUGCUAUUUUUGACUAUCAGCUGUUGGAGGCUGCCACGAACAGCUUUAGCACAAGCAGUAUUAUGAGAAAGAGUGGUUCUAGAAUCAUUUACAGAGCUAACUUUGAUGAGCAUUUCCAGGCAGCUGUGAAGAAAGCAGAUAGUGACGCUGAUAGAGAAUUUGAGAAUGAAGUGAGUUGGUUGAGCAAGAUGCGUCAUCAGAAUAUCAUAAAACUUAUGGGUUAUUGUGUUCAUGGUCAAUCGAGGUUUCUUGUUUAUGAAUUGAUGGAGAACGGGUCUCUGGAAACUCAAUUGCAUGGUCCUAAUCGAGGGGCAUCUUUAACCUGGUAUCUAAGGUUAAGAAUUGCUGUUGAUGUUGCCAGAGCAUUAGAAUAUCUCCAUGAACACUCCAAUCCUCCCGUGGUUCAUCGAGACUUACAAUCUUCCAAUGUUCUUCUGGAUUCUAACUUUAAUGCGAAGUUAUCAGAUUUUGGAUUUGCUAUGGUUUCUGGAAUGCAACACAAGAACAUGAAGAUGUCAGGAACUUUAGGAUACGUGGCCCCUGAGUACAUAUCACAUGGUAAACUAACUGACAAGAGCGAUGUCUAUGCUUUUGGGGUUGUCCUUCUAGAACUCCUAACCGGAAGAAAACCCAUGGAGAACAUGACCUCAAACCAAUAUCAAUCCCUUGUAUCAUGGGCCAUGCCUCAGCUAACUGACAGAUCGAAGCUUCCAAGUAUUCUUGAUCCUGUUAUCAGAGACACAAUGGAUUUGAAGCACUUGUAUCAGGUUGCUGCAGUUGCUGUACUCUGCGUGCAAGCAGAACCAAGUUAUAGGCCACUCAUAACAGACGUGCUGCACUCUCUCAUCCCUUUGGUACCCGUUGAGCUUGGAGGGUCAUUAAGAGUUACAGAAUCCAUCAGCUCAGAGAACUCUCAUUGAUAUUGUAUAAUAGUUUUUUCAUUUUUCAACUAUUGUACCUGUGCACUUUUUAAACACUUUAUUAUUAUAAUUAUUGUUAUUAAUAUUACAAAGAGCCAAAGAGGAA